CAAAGCUUCCGGGUUCGCGCUGCUGCUGGAUUCUGGCUGAGUACCGGUAGGAAUGGAUCUGGUUUGGCGAUGUUUGUGCAUAAUUUGCACAUUGGCAGUCUCAAUAAGGCACUCUUUUGAACAGAAGUUUGACUUUGCUUCCUAUUAUGGAGAUUAUAUGGUCCUACAGAGAGAACCUGCUGGGGCUGUCAUCUGGGGCUAUGGAUCUAAUGGAGCUAAUGUCACACUCACUUUGCUAGGAAAUGUUAUAAAUAUUUCACAGAUUGCACAGGUGGUUGAUGGGAAAUGGAAAGCAGUUCUUCCUCCCAUGAAGCCAGGUGGCCCCUUUACUCUAGCUGCACGGCAGGAGAACACUAAUGGAAAUGUGACUGUCCGCAAAAUAACUGACAUUUUAUUUGGAGAUGUGUGGCUAUGUGGUGGGCAAAGCAACAUGGAAAUGACACUGUCUCAGGUAAUAAACAGUUCAGAAGAGCUUUCCCAAGCAGUAAAGUUUCAUGAUGUGCGGGUUUUUUCUGCUGCCCUGGAGCAGAGUGAGACUGAACUGUACGAUCUGCCUAGAGUUCUAUUACCCUGGUCUGUCCCAUCAGCAGAGGUGCUAGGUGCUGGAAAUUUUACGUACUUCUCAGCAGUUUGUUGGCUCUUUGGACGCUACCUUUAUGCAAAACUGAAGUAUCCAAUUGGGCUAGUGGAGUCCUGCUGGGGUGGUACAAUAAUUGAGACGUGGUCUUCACCAAGAGUCCUUCAGAAGUGCAUACCUGCAAGGUCUUUAUCUAGGUUACCUAAAGUAGAAGCAGCACCUCUUCAGUCCUCAGUUUUGUGGAAUGCAAUGAUACAUCCUUUGCUUAACAUGACCAUCAAAGGAGUAAUAUGGUAUCAAGGGGAGUCAAAUACAGAUUAUCACCGGGACUUCUACAACUGCACAUUUCCUGCUAUGAUAGAUGACUGGAGAGAGAGUUUCCAUCAAGGUUCAAUGAAACAAACUGCAGAAGAUUUUCCUUUUGGCUUUGUGCAGGAAAGUUUUACUGUUUUACUGACACAAGCAUGUAGUGAAGAUUAUCCGAUACUGAGAUGGCACCAGACAGCUGACAUGGGGUUUGUUCCCAAUGCUAGAAUGAAGAACACAUUCAUGGCUGUUAGCCUAGAUCUUGUAGAUGACAGAUCACCAUGGGGCAGCAUUCACCCCAGAUACAAACAGGAUGUAGCUUUCCGUUUGACUCUUGGAGCUCGUGCCGUGGUGUAUGGAGAAAAAGUCUCUUUCCAAGGACCAUUUCCAUCUAAAAUUAAUUACACUGAAAAAGUUGUUGAUGUGACAUUUUCUCAGGAAAUACUGUACAAAGGAUUCAGUGGCGACUUAUUUCAGUUUUGUUGCACUGACAAGACUGACUGCAGCUCAGCGUAUGCGGCAUGGGAAACUGCUCAAGUGGUGGAUCAUUCAAGUAACUCUGUUCGUUUAUUAGCCCCCUGCUCAAAUGAUAUCGGGCUUCGCUAUGCCUGGUUCAACUGGCCCUGCAGCUUUAAAAAAUGUUUAAUCUAUAGUGCAGAUGACAUAUUGCCUGCGCCUCCCUUUAUCUUCAACCAUGUACGUAAAUAUAAAAAAUGGUAG